GCGAGUCUUCGGUCGUUUGCCACACCCACUUUUGACUCUACCUCUAUCCAAUAGCUCCCUCUGCCUCUGACUCUCUCUUCACCUCUCAUCCUCUCCGUUUAAUUACUUGAAGAACUGGGUGAUCCCAAGUUGGAAACCUGUGCCUGACACUAUGACUGGUGGGCUUCGCUCAAACGUCAAGAGGUACACCGUGAAAUGCCUCAUUUUGGGCGGAGCCACCAUGCCUGAGACAAAAAGUAGUAGCAGUUUAAGCGACCCCCGAGAUGCUGAUAGUGCGGAUAAGAAACCGCGAGAUGGAUCUUCGCUUCCGGAGACGAGCCUUGGCGACGGUAAAGUUCCUUGCUUGCCAAUGUUGACCUCUACUGCAAAGGAUCUCAGGGAGGCGAGUAAUGCUAAACAAACAUCAGAAGGUUUACUCCAAAAAAGGAAAUUUGAAACAUUAGAUUUGGAAGAACUCCAUGAAAAGAUUGAAUACUUAAAUGGAUUUGCUCCUGCAUACAGAGAUCAUGCUCCCACUGAUAUACUACUUCAUCCGGGUGACAAUGGGCCUACUAUACCUGCACAUAAACUCUUAUUGGCAACAAGAUCGAAAAUCUUGAACAUUCCAAACACGGAAGGAUGCUCCAAAGCUCCAACAAACCAGGUGGACAACAUAACACUGCCUGAGUUGAAUCACGAAGAGCUCAAGUCUCUCGUGGAUUUCCUCUAUAAUGCGGACCUGCUUGAAGAUCAAAUGAACAAGCAUGUCUUCUCCUUGUCAGUCGCAGCGACUAAGUACGGAAUACCAUACUUGGGCAGAUUUUGUGUGCGUCAUAUGCUCAACUCCCUGAGUUCAACCAAUGCUCUCGAUGCUCUGGAGGUUGCGGAUGCUUGCUCCUACCAAGCACUGAAGGACAAUGUACUGGAUUACAUUGCCAUAAACAUGAGUGACGUAGUUUUUUCUGCUCAAUUUGAGGCCCUCGCACUCAAGAAUCCGAAAUUAAGCGUGCAGGUUUCAAGGGCAUCAAUCAAGGGUGAGAAGGAAAAAUCGGCGAUUAAUGUGAAAAAGAAUAUAACUCAAGCAGGAUUACGGAAUUGUUUAUGAAGAAAAAGGCAGCCUUUCGUCAGGACAAGUAAGUUUAGGAGUGAGGAUACUGAUUCUGCAUUCCAUUCGUUAUUUUCCCAACCAUGAUACUAUAGUUCAUCUUCUGAUUGUUCUUAAUCAACAAGGUGAAAUUUCUGUUGAAUUUUGAUGGACAAUCAUUGCCGCCUUCUUCUUAAUGUUCAAUAUGUACGGUCGAAUUAUGAAUUUUGAUGAA